AUGAAUGAUGUUCAAAACUCGGAGCCGGACGCCGAAGAGGCAGACCCGGAGGCAGAUGAGGUAGAUUCUUUUGACCAACAUGUUGAUAACCUUCUUGCUGCACAGGAUGCUCAGAAGCGCAAGGGACACAAGACCACAGAAUUUUGGGAUGUUAAAACAAUUGAAUCCGAUGGCACAAUCAAACAGGUCAAACUGAGUGUGAAGGAAGCUAUGAAGCCACCUAACGGAAGAAAGGAAAUGUUCCAUUUUGAAGAAGAUAGUAGAGGAAUUAUAAAAGGUAUAAUAUCCAAGAUGCUAGGAAGGGCUUGGAAGGAAACGAGGAACAGAUUAUACCAUCGCUACUAUGACGCAGAACUUUCACUUGCAGCAAAUAUUGAAAACCGCCCAGAUAGAAUUACUGCAGACCAUUGGAAAAGAUUUCUCGAUUAUCGCAACAGCAAAGAGACACAGGAUAAGUGUAAGAAAAAUGCCGAGAAUCGAUCAAAGCAGCUUUACACCCACACCGGUGGAUCGAAAAGCUUGGCAAGGCUCAGAGAAGAAGAGUCGGAACGACAAGGGAGGAUAGUUAGUAGAGGAGAGUUGUAUCUCUUAACGCACAAAAAAACCAAUGGCUCCUAUAUCCAUGAUGCAGCUCGCGCUAUUGGAGAAAGAAUUGAGGCUAUUGAGCAAGGCGAUGAAUCUUCUAGACUGUUAUCCCAGAAUGAUUCGCUUGCUCAAGCUCUCGGAAGAGAACGCCCGAGCAAUGGUUUUGAAAGGGAGGAGACCCAAAGAGUGCUGCUUGAACUACAAGCAGAGUUGGCAGCAGAGAAAUUGAAAAGGAAGGCAGUGGAGGAUGAAGUAGCAGCCGAGAAGACCAAAAGACAGGCAAUGGAGGAUGAAGUAGCAGCCGAGAAGACCAAAAGACAGGCAAUGGAGGAUGAAGUAGCAGCUGGGAAGGUCAGGAUGCAGGCAAUGGAGAGUGCUUUGAUAUGUCUACUUCAAGGGCAAGCGGCGGUUUCAAACCGCCGAACAUUUCGUGUCGAUCACAGAUUUCUAGAUCGCGGCGGUUUUAAACCGCCGCUAAACAUUGCGACGCUAAUCUUGGGUUUUGCGGCGGUUGUGCCAGCGGUUCUUGAAAACCGCCGCAAAAUCAUAUAA